UCUCUUAUCUCGUGGAAGGCUGGAUAAAAAUAUUAGAUAUUAACGUAGGGAAAUCUUACAGAUAUUUAAAAUUAUGGGUCUAUCAAAUAUUGUUUUAACAGUUUUUCCAUUGGCUGUGGGAAUAUUUGGAUUUUAUCUUUGGAGAAGAGAGACAUUAAAGAGAGCAGGGAAAGGAAAGGCAACAAAUGACGAGGAUGGAGAAACGCCAACUAAAGAUCCACCAUCCAACAUUGAUGAACCAGUAACAAAUGUAAAAUCUUCCAAACCACCUCAAGUUCUACCAGUAGAUCAGAACACAGAGAUUAAAACUUUAGAGCAUGAGACCAGUCAGACUGUCCUAUAUGAAAGAAACGUAUCUAAUUUUGAGCAAGGGAGAAGACAGACUGUCCUAUAUAAAAGAAAUAAAACAAAGAAGGGAUCUUCUGUCAAUCAGAAUAAUGAUCCAGGUGAUUUAGAGGUGGAUACACCACUAAGCAUGGAUGCUGAUCUCAUUCCAUCAACACCUCCCAUGCACUCUAAAAUGGUUACACAAUCCAACUGUGGUUAUCAAGAGAUCCCUGCUGAAACACAUGAUGCCCUCAUUCUGUAUGCUGAGAAAGAUGCCCCUUUAGCAGAACAACUACAGAAAGAUCUUGUGGCUAAUGUGAAUCUCCCUAAUCUCAAUGUUAUACUGUAUGAAGAAUUUGCUCCAGAAGUUCAGUCCCACUUUGGGACGAUGACAGUUUUAUUUCAAAGAUGUAGAUAUCUACUUGUGCUGGUUACAAAAAACUUUACAGAGGCAAGUUUUAGUAGAUUUCAACAUGAGAUUGCACUAAAGGACUCCAUUGAAAACCCAGAAAAGAAUGAAAGAGUGAUUCCUGUAUGGGGAGAGAUAGGAGCAAAAGACAUUGUGGUGGAACUUUCUGUUUUCAAAGGCAUUGACUAUUCAUUAUCAUUGCAAAAGGAUGAUAGGUCAAGAGUCUUUAUCCAGUUUGAAAAAGCAUUCGAGUAUGGCAGGAAAAAAAUUAAAAUGUUCUAAAACAGCAGUAACCAGUAUUUGUUGAGGAUUUCUGUGAUAUUCUGGAUUUUUGUACCAAUAUCUGUAAAGUCCCAUAUCAAAAUGAGGGUUCUAUGCAAUCAAUGUCUGCCUUUUUGUCUAGAUAUACACAAAGUGUGAAGCAAUAUCACAACCUGACAACUUCAUAUUCAUUAGAUACACUGUUGUGUACAUGGAGAAGUUAAAAUCUUUUAAAAAGAUUCUUGCAGAUGCCGCAUCAAUUGUUCAGAAAUGAAGCUGAUGCUUUCUACACAGAGAAAUUUCUGUCAUAUUAAAAAAAAAUAUUUAUGGUAUUGAAGUAAUUGAAAAUUCAUAAGCACAAGGUGAUGUUGAUUAUUGUGGAUAUUGCUGAGCAAUAAUAUUUUUUACAUUGCAUGACAGAGUUCAACUGCGUGGAAUUACAACUGUUCUAUUUUUUUGAAUACAUUAAAUGUAAUUUUAUGUUCAUAAUUUUAAU